UUGACGUGGCGUCGCUGGCUGCCCAGAGCAGAGAAAACCACGGCUGUUGCUUGGAUGUUUAAUACGAGAGACGGUCGGACGUCCCCGCUGUUUGUAGUAUUUACAGACUAAACAAUUAAAUUCAGUGUGAAAACUUACCUUACUUCGUUCACUAACACACAAGACGAUGAAUGGUAAGUCAACAAACGGUAAUGUGGGGGGAAUGGCCUGUAUCGAGGGUCUGCCCCCGCUGCCGAAGAGCCUGAGCGGCUUGCUGAACUCAAGCGGCGGCUCCUGGAGAGAAAUGGAGAGGAUGUAUGUGAAGAAAACCAUGAUCCAGGACGACUUGAGCCGAGGCAGGAACAACGCGGACAACUUGCUGGCGAACAAGCCGGCCAACCUCGACGCUGCCCUGGCUCUUCUGCGGAAAGAGAUGGUGGGUUUGCGUCAGCAGGACAUGUCCCUGCUGUGCCAGCUGUGGUCUCUCCACGAGUCAAUCCAGGAGUACAAGGGCAGCUGCCAGGACCUGAGCGCCGCGUCCAGCCUCAGCAUGAUGGAGAACGGCUACUUCGACGAGGAUGACGAGUAUUACCCGGAGCCUGGCGCCACUCCCACCGGGGAGCAGCCGGACGGGGAGGUUGGAGACGGGACAGCAACAAUGGCAGCAGCCAAGAAUGGGAGCAGCAGUGGCAAAGAUGACAGCUGGGACUCCUUUCACGUUACCAUCUGAGGCUUCAUUCUCAGCAUUUAUCUGCAGAUGGAAAGACAUUUUUUGGGGGGUAACGGACUGAAGUAAGCUGGAGAAAAAGUUGAGUGGCUCUGAGAACCUUUUGCCCCUGGAGAAGGGAGUGGUUGGUUAGAGAUAGCAGCUCAUGGUGUCUCUUUACCAUAAUAAACUAUAAAUGUUAAGCUCCAGCUUAACUUGUGCUCCUCCUCGGGUGAAACAUAUACCUGCUUGUGCUGCAGAAUGUUUUUUUUGCAGCGUGACCAGGAGCUUCAUCACACUGCGGAGCUGAGCGGCCGGGUGUCCUGCUUUCUAACAUCCUCUGAAACACUCAGGAGUUGAGAUGGAUUGUAUUCAAAGACUCAAUAUACUCAAAAUUAGGCAAUAUAUACAAUGCAUUUCUUUUUAUAAUCAGCUCUGCUGCUGCUUCCGUAUCAAGUGGUUUUGCUAACCAGUCACCCUUUUAUGGUAGAACGUUUUUUACAUAUUCAAAAUAUAUGAACAAAGUUUUUAUUAUUUAUUAUAUAAUAUAAAUAACAAGAUAUUUGCUUUCCUGUUACUUUCAAUGAACGUUUUGUGCUGCAGCUCUACCCAGGCACAAGGGUACAGUAUUUACAGGCUGGAAAAGUGAACACACAAGAUGGGAUUUCUGAACGCCGCGAGCGAUGUUGGUGCAAAAAGAUGAUCGACUUUGUGGACAUGUUGAUGGGGAUGGUGUGUGUGUUACUUUUAAAUGGUGAAAUAAUUCAUUUACAUAAAUCCAGAAGGUCUGGCCAGAAGUUGUCAGACCAGAGAAAGAGGUGGAGACCUUACACCUGUUCACAGUGUGAAAAUGCUUGAAAGCACAGUGAUGUUUUUGUACAGGGGUGAGGUUGACACUUCUUUGCCUCUCAGCUGGAGCAGGUAUUUGCUCAGAAAAUGUGAAAUGUUCAAAAUGCUGGAAACAGUUUUUUAAACUGUUUGCAUGGGUGAAAAACCUGGAAGCCCAGUGUACCAGGCUGCAGAUACAGUAGAGUGUUUCCCUGAUUUCAAAGCUGUCACUGCUUGAAUACAUUUAGGGUAACUGUGAUGUGGAAGGCCCCGGUUUCAUCAAUGUAAUAGUAUGAAACAGUAUGGCUUGGAUCUUGCGAAUUCUAACUCGUUCAUUACAGCUUCGGGCUUUUUUUUAUUUCUAUCAAUGAUAACAUUGUACUCACAAGGUAAUUGCUGAUUGCGGCAAAAAAAGUCGAUGAAAUCUCAGUAAUUACUUUGUUGGGUGCAAUAUUAUUAUCAUCAAUAGAAAUGAAAGCCAAAACUAUGACAACAAAACCCAAGUUGUAAUAAAUGAUAAUCAUCCCUCUACGUAGCUAACUGGCAAGUGCUAACAAAUUUGCAGUAAUUGAAAAUAAUCAGGAAAAAACUGGAUAAAAUUAAAUGUUGAGCCAUUUUCCACAUAGCCACCUUUGUGACAUUUAUUCUUAAUAUAUUCUAUCAAAUAAAUGUUGCCAAGAGUUGAGAAGCUGUGACUGGCAAUGAUCAACUUCUCACAUCAUUUGCACUUGCUAGUUUGACCGUAUUUUCCUUAACAGCCGUGACAUUGAUGGUGAAUCAGAGGUGUGUAAAUCUGAUUGGCCCCUUGCUGGUCAAUGAGUUAGAAUAGUUCUGUUUUGGUCAAAGUGCGUGUGUGUGGGGGGGGGUUGUGUUGACCAGGCGGGUUUCUGUUGUCACUGUGGCCUUCAAAUAUUGCUCACAGUGCAAACACAAAGCUGUAGCUCUAAACCUGGUAGCAAAUAUCAGUUGAAUACAGGGUACUUUAUAAUACUUUGUAUCCGAGGUAAAGAUCUUAACCAGUCUCAUCCUAACAACACAUGCUCUGCUGCAGCUGGCAGAUGCCUGCAGCUACUCUGUACAGCCUCAUGGUCAGGCUGGACAUUAUUUAAGACAUGUCAGAGAGAUGCAAACCACCAAGUUUCUAUUUAACUAUCUGAGCCUCAUCUUGAAACUGAAGUAGUGAGCCUUCCAUUACUACUCAAUACUGGUCACUAAUAAGAUUGUAACAGCAAGUAUUUUUUUGUCUAUUAUGCUCAAUGUUUGCAUGUGGACAAAAUAGAUAAAAAGCCUCCAGUACACUGACAGACUGCUCUCCUGACGGAUCUCUGCUCACAGUCUGAAGAGCGAUUGACAUUUCUAACAGAAAUACUCCUCAAACACAGCCUUACUUCAAACUCUAGGUUUCUUCUCUUGCUGUCGUCCUGCGCCAUGUAUCCUACAACAGGCAAAGACAUUUGGAUGUGUGAAUAUUCUUAAUCUACUACUCAUAUGUAUGGUCUGUGUGGUCUUCCUUAACUUCUAAACUCUACUGUAAAGGUCUCAGCUGCUCAGUACACAGCAGCUGAUCUGUCACUAAAACUGCAAUACUGUCAGUACCCACCAUCACUUUGAGAAAGGUGUAGAAAGUUAAUAUUUUGUGUGUUGAUGUUGUGUUUAAAUAGAUCAUAUGACGUCAUCCGUUUGUCAACUGGUCCGCUAUCUGUGUGCUAACGGAACACAAACCAAAGAAAGUAAUAGCGCUCAAAAUGAAAUGUAUUUGGUUUAAGGUGCUGAAGAAAACUUAAUUAUCACGAAUGGUUAAAUUUUACUUAAAAAGGUACAGUACAUAAUGAUAUCUAAUGUCUUGAAGAAUGUCUUUACAAGUCAUGAUGAAAUGAGUAGGACACUUAACUCUGCCUUGAACCCACCUUUAGGAACACUAAUGUUUUCAGUCAGAUAACACACAAUGCUUGAUUUCUAAUUACACGCUUAUUGUGAAGUUGAUGUCAGCGACUGACGUUUAGACUGAGUCUAAACGAUUCGUUUAUUGUUGAACGCUGUCGCAUCUACACACAUUAUUUAAAGAGUCAAAGGUGUGGUAACAGAAAACUGUACAGAACAUACAGUAGUUAUUGCAGCGGUGUAAUGUUAAAGGAAUAGUUUGACAUUUUGGGAAAUGUGCUUAUUUGCUUAUUUUGCAUAGAAUUAGAGAAGAAGAUCGAAACCACUGUCGCGUCUACAGUAAAUAUGAAGCCACUGCUAGCAGCUGGUUAGCCUAGCUUAGUUUAGCACAAUAACUGGAAAGAGGAGGAAACAGCUAGCCUAGGUCUGUUUGGCAAUAACGAAAUCCACCUACCAGCAGCUCUAAGAUUAAGUUUUAAAAACAAUAUUGUUUUACUGGGCGUUAUACGUGGAACUAAGAAGAAGGAAAGAUGACAAGAAAGCAAAUUUGCAUUUUUCACAAAAUGCCAAAUUCUUCCUUCAUCAGUUUGAUCAUUUGUAUCUCCUUUUCCUUUGAUCUGAGUGUGAGUUAACUCCACGAGGUAUUUACCUACUCAGUCUUAAAUCUGAGAAGUUUCCAUGAUGCAUCUGUAAGUUUCUAAAAGAAACCACAAAACUAGUAGAGGCCUCCGUAGAAAACAAUGGUUUUAUUGUCUAAUAUCUAAUAAGUUGGAUUGAAUGUCCCUCUGUUAUUUGUUAUGGAUCUUUCAAGUCUGUGAAGGACCACAGUUUUAUGAAACUGAACAUUUUGUCUGUACAGCAAACCUGGAUCUGGAUCAGUCAAACUACCCCAUUCAGGGUCAGUUAAAAACACCUGUUUUAUCGCUGCAAUCUGUUUCUAAUCUGAAGCUCAAAGCACAUUUGAUCAAACAAUCUUAACUGAUGCCGUUUAAAGCAUUUCAAAAAAAUCCUGACCCAGGCCUGUUAUUGGAUGUCUACACAAUUAGUGCCUUUAAAACUGUUCAUUGAUCCACUUGCUUGACAUGCACUUGGAUUUUAAAGCUGCUACGUGUAGUGUUUCAGAUUUGAAGAAUUAAGCAGCUCCCAGAAUCCUCAGUGGUGGUGUUUUAUGUCACUGUCACAGAGGAUGACUCAAUGUCUGGGUAACCAAAUGUUACCAAUGUGUGUAUUCUGCUCCAACUACAAAUCCAGUAAAUCCCCCAAAGAGCUGAUUAAAAGGUGUGUGCAGAGAUUUGGAUCAAUGUGUUUACUCAGUGGAAAGACUGAGGUUCACUCUGGUGUUUUUCAGGCUUUUUUAAAUCUCCUAUCAGAGGCUCCUUUUCCAUUUUAUUGAUGAGGAUGCAGCUGCUGGGAAUUGUGUAUUUUUGAGGCUUCUUCCCUCUGAAAUCUGAGUUGGCAACAUUCACUCUGUCAACAUCAAUGUUAAUCUUCUACAUGCUGCAGCUUUAACCUCCAAAAACUUGUAACAGCCUUAAAAUCAGUCAUGUCAUUUUCAAAUUGAACCACGUCGUGCAGCCUCACUUCAAGUGUUCAGCUAUGGCUUUGAACUUGUUUGUUUGUGGCUGUUAUGUGUACAAUCCCCCCCCCCCCCCACCCCCCCCACCCCCCCCACCUCCCCCCACCCAAAACUACCACCACCUGAUCCUCUUGGAGUCGGCCUUUAUUACACAGGCACACACUGCUCCUUUAACAUGAUCGCUACUGUAAAUCCAGCAAAAAAGAGUUUGAAAGGAGCUUUAAACACCAGCAAAUUAUUCCCAAUAUCGUACCAUUAGCAAUUGAAUAGUGUGUGUUUUCUACUUUUACAACAACCCCUCUUUUCAUGAGAUUAUUGGAUGUGUAACAUGGUGACGCCUUCUCAGGGUAAACUUGUCGCAAAAUGUUGUUUGUGUUGUUGGCUCCUGUAAAAGAAAUAAUUAUGUCUUCACCUUUUUAAGGGACAAAAAAAAUCUUGAAACACAAUUGUAAAGUGACACUUUGUUAUUUGGUUGUGUUUUUGUGCAUUCACAUGAGUAACUGGCCUCCCCAACACUGGAUUUCUUUCCAUGGAAAUUAUAAAUGUCAUAUUUUUGGUGUGAGUUUCUCUUAAGUGAAAAAGCGAGGGCUCCUUUCUAGAGACGUCAUUUUGCACCAAAUUUGAUCAAUUUUUUCUACUUAAAGUGGCCUCAAUAGACCAGAAUGCAAUGCAACCACAAAAACAUGGUGACUAAAGUGGAGGGUAUUGCUAUAGUGUUCAGGCACCUGCUUUAGUGGUUGUUAGGAAGCAUUCUGGGAAAUACAGGAGGGAUGUACAAGUGGGUGCACCAAAAAUAGCAAAUUGAGACACUUGAAAUGCAAAAUAACUUGAUCAAAGAUGAUGAUGAUAAGUGGGUGUCAGAGGGGUGAUUUAUUCCUACAGUAUCUUGAUCUAUACUCACGGGCCAUGUUUCAGCCACAUGAAAACUUUUGCGCCUCCCUGAAAAAGCCUCAUGUAUAAAAAAAUGUUUUGAAAAAAAGGUUCAUUGAAACAAAAGCUUCUUCCACAGCUGACUGAAAUGCACCUGUGUUGAGACAUCGGUUUAAUUUUAGCUCAUAUCUCAGAAAAAGAAAAACACAGGACAACGUAGCAGAUCAUUUUUGCAGCAAAUUAUUAGCAUUGACGUAUUCCACCUUUUCUAUGUACUGGCUGUAGCCAUUGAAUUGGUAACUUAAUGAGACCAGGAACAAGAAGAUUUCUACUUUAUAUCAUAAUCAUUCAUUAAAUCGCUGUAGUGAAAAAAAGGUUUUGAUGUAUUUUGUGUUGCAUAGAUGAAAGUAAUUCGUAAUGUGUGAAGGCUGUGUUGUUAUCAUCCAUCAUUACUCAUUACUGUUCUUUAAUCCAUGAAUGACCAUACUACUGUUUCUUUGGACAAUAGUCUCAGUGCUUUCCUCUCAUAGUUACUAUACUGAUAUUAAUUUAAUAAAUUGAUCCCAUACUUUUCA